AUGUGGCAUCCAAUCUCCUGGACACCACGUGCCCAGUGGUCACCAAACCACUUAAAGCUAGUCACUGUGUAUGUUCUGAUGCUCUUGGUGUCGCUCAGCUUUGUGUCGGGACAGAGCAGGCCAUUUAAACAUCAGAUAGACAACAGAAGCCCUGAGAUCGACCCUUUUUGGUAUGUAGGCCGUGGUGUUCGCCCCAUCGGUCGCUUUGGGAAGAGGCAGCUGAGAAGCAGCCGUGGCAGCCUGAGGCCUGUGAGCAGACACCUGGAUUUCAUCUUGAAUGCUUUGUGGGAGCAAAAAUCAUUGGACACAGAGGAUGGUGAUUGGUGA